AUGGCCCAACAGGAUGAAGGAAACGACGAGAUCUUCCAGCCCAGCUCCUCCCAUGACCAUCGUGGGUCGCAGUCGAGCUCUGUUGCCACUUCCGAGAACGAUGAACAGGUGUUCGAGCACUUCCGUCCUGAGGACCGCGCCGAACUCACUCGCUUAGCGUCGAAUUUCCCGGGGCACAAGGCCACCGACUCUGGGGUUGCUGGCAUGGGAGGCAUCGAGCGCAAGGAUACGCUGGAGGGUCUCGAGCUGGGUGAUCCAGUGCUCGAUCCCACGAGCGACCAGUUCGACCAUUACAAGUGGGCUCGCAUGAUGCUCAAGCUUAUGGAUAGAGAGGGUGUUCCUAUGCGCAAGUCCACCGGUGUCGUGUUCGAGAACCUCAACAUCUCCGGCACCGGCUCGGCACUUCAAUACCAGAACAAUGUAGCUUCGCUGUUUAUGGCACCCUUCAGGCCUCAGGAGUAUCUAGCCUGCGGAAAUCGGGUGCCUCAAAAGCAGAUUCUGCGGGACUUUGACGGCGUCCUCAAAAGCGGCGAAUUGCUUAUUGUGCUCGGUCGCCCUGGUAGCGGUUGUUCAACUCUCUUGAAGUCUAUAUCCGGGGAGCUCCAUGGCCUGAAAGUGGGAAAGGGUUCAGAUAUCCAGUACAACGGCAUCUCCAUGGAGAAGAUGCACAAGGAGUUUAAGGGCGAGGUUGUCUACAACCAGGAAGUCGACAAGCAUUUCCCUCACCUCACUGUGGGCCAGACGCUGGAGUUUGCAGCUGCAGCAAGGACUCCAGAGAACCGGCUGCACGGUAUCAAUCGGCUGUCUUACGCGAAGCACAUCACUCAGGUAGCCAUGGCUGUUUUUGGUUUAAGCCAUACAUACAACACCAAAGUGGGGGAUGACUACAUCAGAGGCGUUUCAGGAGGUGAGCGCAAGCGAGUUAGCAUUGCCGAGAUGGGCCUCUCUGGAGCCCCCGUUGGCGCAUGGGACAACAGCACUCGCGGCUUGGAUUCUGCCAGCGCACUGGAAUUUGCCAAAGCACUGCGAGUUUCGUCGAACCUGACUGGGAGCUGCCAUGCGGUUGCAAUCUAUCAAGCAUCUCAAGCAAUUUACGAUGUCUUCAACAAAGUCAUCGUGUUGUACGAAGGACAUGAGAUCUUCUUUGGUCCUUGCAGUCAAGCCAAAGAGUACUUUGUCAACAUGGGCUGGGACUGUCCGCCACGACAGACCACCGGUGACUUCCUGACUUCUGUCACAAACCCCCAGGAACGUAUUGCUCGCGAGGGUAUGGAGAGCAGAGUUCCGCGCACGCCAGGUGAGUUUGAAAAGUACUGGAAGAAGAGCCGUGAGUACGCUGCUCUGAAGAAAGAGAUCGCCAUGUACCGCGAAGAGUAUCCUCCGGGUGGGACUGCUGAGAAGGACUUUGACGAGACGAAAAGGUUACGACAGGCCAAGCAUGUUCGGCCUAAGAGUCCUUAUGUCAUUUCUAUUCCUAUGCAGGUUCGACUGUGUACCAAAAGAGCUUACCAAAGAAUUUGGAACGACAAACCAUCUACUUUGACAACGGUUAUUGGGCGGAUUGUCAUGUCUCUGGUCAUUGGAUCGAUCUACUUUGGAACGCCAAAUGCAACCGUGGGUUUCCAAAGCAAAGGGGCUGCGAUUUUCUUCUCCGUCUUGUUGAAUGCUCUUAUCAGCAUCACCGAGAUUAAUUCGCUCUACGACCAGCGGCCUAUCAUCGAGAAGCAAGCUUCCUAUGCCUUUGUUCAUCCAUUUACCGAGUCGCUGGGUGGCAUUGUCUCUGAUAUACCGGUCAAAUUCGUGGCUGCUGUGGUGUUUAACAUUAUUUUCUACUUCUUGGCGAGCCUGCGGUAUGCGCCUUCUCAAUUUUUCAUAUUCUUCCUUUUCACCUUCCUCAGCACUCUGACAAUGUCAUGUGUCUUUCGGACACUGGCUGCUUGCACCAAAACUCUCGCACAAGCUAUGUCCAUGGCCGGAGUGAUGGUGUUGGCGAUUGUCAUUUACACGGGAUUCGUGAUCACGGUCCCAGAAAUGAGCUCCAUCCCCUGGUUCAGCUGGAUCCGGUGGAUAAACCCUGUCUUCUACGCGUUCGAGGCGCUGAUUGCCAACGAAUUCCACGGCCGUCGCUUUGAGUGCUCUCAGUUCAUCCCAGGCUACCCAAGUCUGAGUGGUAAUUCCUUCAUAUGUUCUGUGCGCGGUGCUGUGGCAGGCGAACGAACCGUUUCCGGGGACGCCUACAUCCAAUCCCAGUACACGUACACAUACGCGCACGAGUGGAGAAACCUGGGCAUCAUGAUCGGUUUUUGGAUAUUUUUUAUGGUGCUCUAUCUGGUUUCGUCGGAACUCAAUUCAGCCACUUCUUCGAAAGCCGAGUUCCUGGUAUUUCGGCGAGGCCAUGUGCCUGCCCGUCUCCGUCAACUUGACAAGGGCCAUAAAGGUACCACCGACGUGGCAGAAGUGGAGAAGGAACAGAAGAAGGAAAACACGGAAAGAGACGCAUCGGCAAUUCCAGCGCAGCACGAUAUCUUCACGUGGCGGAACGUCUGCUACGAUAUUCCUGUUAAAGGUGGCGAGCGACGUCUGCUGGACAAUGUCUCCGGCUGGGUCAAACCCGGUACGCUUACCGCUUUGAUGGGAGUAUCUGGUGCCGGCAAGACGACUUUACUCGAUGUUCUCGCCAAGCGUGUCUCUAUUGGCGUUGUUACAGGCGACAUGUUUGUCAAUGGCAAAUCGCUGGAUACCAGUUUCCAGAGAAAGACCGGUUAUGUUCAGCAGCAGGACCUUCAUCUCCCUACCACGACGGUGAGAGAGGCUCUCCGAUUCAGUGCGAUACUGCGCCAACCCAAGACGGUCUCCAAGAAAGAAAAGUACAAGUAUGUUGAGGAGGUGAUCGAUAUGCUCGGCAUGCAAGAAUUUGCCGACGCAAUUGUUGGAACUCCGGGAGAGGGCCUGAAUGUUGAACAGAGAAAGCUCUUGACGAUUGGGGUUGAGCUGGCUGCGAAGCCCGCGCUUCUGAUCUUCCUCGAUGAGCCCACUAGUGGAUUAGAUUCGCAAAGCUCAUGGGCUAUCUGCUCUUUCCUGCGCAAACUGGCUGAGCAUGGUCAAGCUGUUCUCUCAACUAUUCAUCAGCCAAGUGCUCUGUUAUUCCAGCAAUUUGACCGCCUUUUGUUUCUUGCGAAAGGAGGAAAGACUGUCUACUUUGGAGAAAUCGGAGAGCAAUCCCGCGCUUUAUUGGAUUACUUUGAGAGCAACGGGGCCCGAGUCUGUGGCUCUUCGGAAAACCCUGCCGAAUACAUGUUGGAGAUCAUUGGCGCCGGUGCUUCUGGCAAAGCCGACAAAGAUUGGUCUCUGGUAUGGAACAACAGCUCACAAGCAAAAGACGUGCAGGCAGAAAUUGAUCGCAUUCACGAGGAACGGGCGUCGAUAGGCAAUACCGAAGAACCGGCUCAGCGGGAUGAAUACGCAAUGCCCUUCCGGUUUCAGCUAUGGCAUGUCACGCAUCGUGUGUUCCAGCAGUACUGGCGAGAACCGUCCUAUGUCGGAGCAAAGAUUCUCUUAGGAGCUCUGUCCUCGCUCUUUAUUGGAUUUACGUUUUUCAAGCCCGAUAGCUCGCUACAGGGAUUCCAGGAUGUUCUGUUCAGUGCCUUUAUGCUGACGUCUAUCUUCUCAACACUGGUGCAGCAGAUCAUGCCCAAGUUUGUUGUCCAACGGUCCCUAUAUGAAGUUCGCGAACGACCCUCCAAAGCGUACUCAUGGGCCGCGUUUCUGAUUGCAAACGUCAUCGUCGAGGUCCCAUGGCAGAUUCUAGUCGCGGUUAUUUCCUGGGCCGGUUACUACUUCCCGGUUUACGGUGCCUCUCAAGCGUCUCACCGGCAGGGCUUGAUGCUGCUUUUGAUCGUCCAGUUCUACCUCUUCACGUCCACCUUCGCAUCGCUCGUGAUCGCGGCGCUUCCAGACGCCGAGACUGGUGGCACAAUCGCGACACUGAUGUUCAUCAUGUGUCUUACUUUUAACGGAGUCUUGCAGCCGCCGAACGCUUUGCCAGGAUUCUGGAUCUUUAUGUACCGUGCUUCGCCUCUCACAUACCUGAUUGCCGGCCUCACAGCUACUGGUUUGCAUGGCCGCCCGAUCCACUGUGCAGAUGCCGAGCUGAGCGUGUUCAAUCCGCCUUCUGGGUUAACUUGUGGGGAAUAUCUUGAACCUUACGUCAAGGCUUCUGGCGGACAGCUGUAUAAUGCGGCCGCUACGAGCGGAUGUCAAUUUUGUCAGUUAACCAACGCCGAUCAGUACCUGGCACCCAGCAAUAUCUUCUACAGCGAGCGUUGGCGCAAUUUCGGACUAGGCUGGGCCUACAUCUGUUUCAACGUCUGCGGUACUGUCCUGCUUUACUACAUGUUCCGCGUCAAGCACUACAACCCCACGACUCUGGUGCGUGGUAUCGGCCGUGGUGCAUCAUUCCUGUGCCGAGUGUUCAAGCGACGGUCUGGACAGACGCCCGAGGGGAAAGAGGCGGACAACGGACGACUGGUUUAA